AUGACUCUGCUAAGGGGCGCGUUUGCACAAAAAGAUUCGACAUCUAACGAUCUUUUUGUUGAAAAAAGUUUACAGAAACUUUGUGUGUUGAAAUCUUUGUCUUUGAAAGCAUCAUAUGGUGAUGAUCUUUGCACUACCGACGUCGAAAGCUUAUUUGGUGAUACGGAGGCCGAAUUUGAAGCCUUUUUAUCUGUUUUCAAUACACAUUUCCGGCAAGAUACUUUACUUCGGGAUUCCUUCACCUUUUCGGAAUCAACGUAUUUGGAAAUUCUAAACAUGAUCUCCAAAUAUUCUCUUAUAAAUUCGCUAGCUCUAGUGUCUUUUAUGCAAAAUAUUUUCCGAUUUGCCUUCCCUUGCGACAGUCAGCAGGAAACACAACUUCUCCUGUUAGCUCACGAUGAGUUUCAACACAGUCCACUAUUAUUUUCUGCGCCACAGGUACAAAUUUUUGUUUCACUCUUAGAUGCCAAUAGGAUUGCCAUUUUGCGUCCAAAUUCACCUUUUCUUUUGGCCAUACGAAUUCUUGAAAAAUCACAAACUGAUUUCACGGAAAUUUUCAACACUUUAUUUUUCAAAGUCGCUAUGAACUCUUCUAGCAGCAAUUUUUUUUCGAGAAAGAAAAUUUUCCUCUAUGAAUUGCUCGGCCAAGCAUUGCACACUAGGAGUUCAUUCGAUUCGGAAAAUACCCUUAUUAGUGAUAGCUUAAAGCUGGUGCCUUGUUUUACAGCAAGCCUUUUUCAACUCAUUUUUUAUUAUCUCUUUGAGCUAAUGCCACAGCGCGAAAAAGACGGCCUUUCAAAAGAUAUAACACAAUUUUUUAAAGAAAUUAGAAAAUCUGGAAAGGCAUCUCUUCUUGCGUAUGUAAUAUACUUCAAAUUUGUCAAGUCUAAGGGCACCGUCGAGGAAAUCCGGUUUUUGGAAGCUGAAAUGAAUUCCAAGCAUUGGGUUGCAGAGAUUGAUAAGAUCAGAGAGGCUUCUGAUAUCAUUCCCCAAGGCAACCCUGAACUAUUGGCCAAUGUUCACUAUUUUCUACAAUAUUUGAUAGACGAGCCACUCCCCAAUUCACUUCGCCUGUUCUCGAAUUUCAAUUGCCUUGGCUCGAUAUUCAUUCCUCUGUCAACGGUCGAUGCAAGAGACAUCAUUCUGAUCUCUGCAUAUUCAAAAUUGAAGCUAUGGGCCGAUAUUUAUCGAAUCUAUUCCAAUGUCAAAACAGAAGGUCGACUGGAUAUUCCAGCAUCUGGAAUUGUUAGAUCUCCAAUAUUCCAUCUUUCGCUUUCCACGAUAAUCUUUAAAAAUGUCCUUAAUAAUAUUUCGUGGAAUGAGGUCAUACCAUACCUUGAAUUCCCAUCGCCCUUGCUUUCGCGUGAGGGCUUUAGAAUAAUUUAUACGCAUCUUUAUUCAAAGCUAUUCAACCUCCUUAUUUCUUAUGAUAAGUUUUUGCUUAUUCAAUCGAUCGUCAUUAUUCCACGGUCUCUGUUUAUCAAAGACGAUUAUAUUCUUCCAUGUAUCCUUUCAACAUUUGCAUGCUCCUCGGGAAGGGGCCCACUGGGCCCUCCAAAUCGAAUUCUAUUCUACAAAUUAUUGUCGAACCGCCUCGAUAUAGAUAUCAUCUGUGAAUCGUCGCCAACCCCACCCUCUAAUCUGGCUGGAAUUAUAGCAUCAGUCGACCCUCAGCUUUCCAAUCUCCUACAUUUCAUAGAGCUCCAUAAGAUUCCAUUAAGCCCCUCCAAUUUUUUGAGCUUAAUACUAUCGCUUUUUAGGAGGCGGAGAUAUGAUCUUGUCUGCCAGACAUUCAAUUUUAGAAAUUCGCAUUAUAAGCAAGAAUCUUAUCUACAUUAUAUAUAUCUGGCAUCGGCCCUCAAAAAUAGAGAAUAUGGAAUAGUGAGAACAGUGAUCAACGAAAAAAGUAAAAGCUUCCUGAUUCCGGAGCAGAACCUAUUGCAGGAAUCUAUUUCAAAUCAUGAGAUUGGCUUAAUAUUGCCCUCUUCAAUGUCGUCCGUGGCUGCUUUGGACAAAUGGAGAGAACAGGGUCUCGUUUCAGAUGCCGACUAUAGUAGUUCUUUGGCUAUUUGUCUCAAUUAUAAUUUGGAAAAUUUGUUUUAUCUUCGAAGGUUCAUAUCGCUUCAGCAGCAAGAUCGAGAACACGCCCCAAAAACUGCUAAAAAUGACUUGAAAGCACGAUUUCCAGAUAGUGUUGUGCGGCUCUCUGCUAUUCCAAAUUAUCUUCUAGAAUAUGAAAACAGAUAUUUUUCGAUUAAGAAAAAACAAAAUGUUAUAGAGUCCGAUGACGACGAUGUAGAGGGUGAAGGCUUUUCCAAUACCUAUCUGUUGGACUCUGAAAAUUUGUAA